AUGGACAAACUUUUGCUUUCAAGGAGGACUUUAGUUUCAAAUAUUUUAAUUCGUAAUUAUGCGGCAACAACUACUCCAGUUGUUGAGCCAAAACAGAAAAAGGGUUUGAGCUAUUAUUUGGAAUUCUUCAACGACACGAAGCCUUUGGAUCAGUCUGGGACGAUUCUUGCAAAUAUUGGGAAGAAAUUGCAUCAUGACCCGUUGCCUAGCCUUCCGAAGGAUUUUAAGGAAUUUCCUGAGAGGGAUUUGGUCAAUUUUCCCUACCCGGAGAUGCAAUUGUAUCCUGCAAAGAAUAGAUUUGUUCUUAUUCCUGAUAGUUGGUGCAAAGCUAUUGAGAAAGUGACGGGAACUUCUGGUCCAUAUAUGACAAUUUUCACAAUCGCCGCAUUUUUUGUCAACAAAGAAAUUUUCUGUUUUGAUGAGCAUGGAGUGCCAUUGCUUUAUAUUUUCAUUCCCAUGUAUUUGUUUUUGAAGCAUUGUUUUGGAUACAAACUUGAGAAAAAUUAUUAUGAAUGGUAUAAAAACCAAAUGGAUGAGAGGAAAGACUUUAUUAAGAGUGAAUUGAAGGAAGCUGUUGAUUUUAGAAAGUUUUCAAAAGAACAAUCCGAUUCAUUCAAAGCAACCCAAGAAAAUUUCCCAACAAUUUUGCGUGAAAAUUUGGCUCUCCAAUUAGAAUCUGCUUAUCGUAAAAACGCUGAAUAUGCUUGGAUUGAGCUUAAAAGACGUUUAGACUAUUUGAAAGAAGUUCAGGAGACUAAAGAGCGUUUUGCUAAAGAAGUUUAUUUGAAGACUAUUACGGAAGGGGUUCGAAAAAUGAUCGAAAUGAACGAGGGGAAUAUUCGAGAAAAAUAUAUGGACCAGUGUAUUGAAAAUUUGAAGCUUUUAACGAAAUAG